CCCGUUAAGAAGUGACGUCUUCCUUGACCGGUGAGUCGAGAAAACAUGGUCGGACUGAAACCUUCUGAGGUUCCCCCCACCCUCAUGGUGAAGUUUUUCGGUGCCGGCACAGCGGCCUGUAUAGCGGAUCUGGUCACCUUCCCCCUAGACACCGCCAAAGUCAGACUGCAGAUACAAGGAGAAUGUUUCGCCGAGCCCAGUGUCCGUGUGGCGCACUACAAGGGCAUGAUGGGCACUAUCACCACCAUGGUGAAAAUGGAAGGUCCCGCCAGCCUCUACAAUGGCCUGGUGGCUGGGCUGCAGCGACAGAUGACCUUCGCUUCGAUCCGUAUUGGGAUGUAUGACUCGGUGAAGCAGUUCUACUGCCGCCAAUCUGAGAAUUCUGGCGUGGCUUGUCGACUCCUGGCGGGAUCCACCACUGGCGCACUGGCGGUCACCUUCGCUCAGCCGACAGAUGUGGUUAAAGUGAGGUUCCAGGCGCACAUCAAAGUCAUAGAUGGUAGCAAGCGCUAUAACGGGACGAUGGACGCCUACAAGACCAUCGCUAAGGAGGAGGGGGUGCGAGGACUCUGGAAAGGGACCAUGCCCAAUAUCACCCGGAACGCCAUCGUAAACUGCGCAGAGCUGGUGACCUACGACCUCAUCAAGGAAUCCAUUUUAAACAAUCAACUGAUGACAGAUAACCUACCGUGUCAUUUUGUGGCUGCGUUUGGCGCUGGGUUCUGCACAACGGUGGUGGCGUCUCCUGUGGAUGUAGUGAAAACACGCUACAUGAACUCUACGGCCGGCCAAUACAAGAAUGCCAUAAACUGCGCGUUCACCAUGGCGGUGAGAGAAGGCAGUGCUGCAUUUUACAAGGGAUUCAUGCCAGCUUUCCUCAGACUCGGCUCCUGGAACAUCGUCAUGUUUGUCAGCUAUGAACAGCUGAAAAGAGCCAUGAUGAUGGCCCAUGGCUCCUGGGAAGAUCCUCAUUAAACAUUAAGUCAAGGACUGAAAAGGUUUACCAAAAAUCUGGGAUCAGAAGGCCCAUGGUCAAUGGGUGACAAUACUCCUGCAAAGGGAAGACUCUCGUUGAAGGUUCUUCUAACGUACUCGGUCCACAAAGAUGGGGACAAGUCUUAAUUCUCCUUCUCUGUUUACAAUACAAGGAGAAGGAACUGUAGGUAGAAACAUCUCAGGAUGAAUAUGCAAGGGAAAUUGUAGAAGACGUGACAAUUAAGUGUCAUAGGCAACUUUUGGUUGCAAUGCCGAGUUUGAAAACUUGAAGAUAAUGAGGAUCCAAAGCUAUAAUGUAGGCCUUGGGUAGUACCUAGGCAUAAGCUUGCAUGGAGUCUUCAGCACUCUGGAUACUCUAUAUGUCAGGG